AUGUCCGACAAGCCUAGUGUCUUGUUCGUUUGCAUCCAUAAUGCUGGCCGCUCUCAAAUGGCCGCUGGAUACCUUACCCACCUUGCAGGCGAUGCUAUCGAAGUUCGAUCCGCUGGCUCAGCGCCUGCUGACUCAAUCAACCCCAUCGUUGUUGAAGCUAUGCGUGAAGAAGGCAUUGACAUCACCGACCAAAAACCAAAAAUUCUAAGUACAGAUGCUGUCCAGGCCAGCGAUGUUGUUAUCACCAUGGGCUGCGGCGAUGCUUGCCCAUUCUUUCCGGGCAAGCGCUACCUCGAUUGGAAACUCGAUGAUCCCGCCGGGCAAACCCUUGAAGCUAUACGUCCUAUCCGUGACGAAAUCCGACAUCGAGUCGAGAAACUUAUCAAAGAGAUAUUGCAAUCCUGUUGA